UAAAAAAUGCCAUUGUGUAAUGAUCAGGAUUUGAUGCUUGAUGGUCUGGUUGGAACCCAGCUCAGAUAAUCAUGUGAUUUACUAAAAUGUAUACCUUGAUCAUGCACGCUGCUUUAUGCAGGUGGACUUCUGAAUCUCUGCAGAGCCCCAUGUGGGUGUGAAAAUCUGCUUGUGUGGAGUAGCUUGUAGGAUCAGGUUUAAGUUACAGUUCUGUAAAUAUUUGUGAGGCUUACCUCACUUCCCCCCCCCCCCAUUUUUUUUAAAGAAUCAGCAUCCCAUUUUAGACCUUGUUACCAUGUGUUUUGACUGACAGGAGUCUGCUCAUGUCUCAGUGUGCUGUGCUGCUACUAGCACAGUUGAGCCUGUUUGCCACUCAAUACACUAUGCUGCCAGUGCUGAUAAAAGCACCACUGUGCAGGAGCACAAAUGACAUCAGCAGAUUGGGUGAUCUUUUUCUGUUUGGUGUAUACGUGAGACACUGAAACUUGGGAAAGGGAGGGAUAAGAUGAAGUUCUGGAACAAAAGGUUAAGGAAGGGGAGAGAUGGAAAUGUCACCAGUAAUUGUCCAUCCUUCAGCCUUGCUAUCUUGCCAUAAAAUCCAAGAUAGUGAGAAGUACCAAAGAGGGCAGGAAACUACAGUAUUCCUUUCACUUGUGACAUUGAAACUGUAGCUAAAAUGAAACUUCAAGAUUCAGAGGUUUGAUAGUGGGAAAUUUAGCUGGAGAUUACAGCCCAUAGGCCUAUAUACAAAGUAAGUUAAAGGCAAAGAAAUAAUAGCACCACUCUCCUUUUUCCAAAAUCUAAAAGAAAAUGCCACAGAUUUAAGAAGAGGUGGCAUCUGCCCUGCAUUCACAUCUUAGUUUUCUCUCUCAAUUAAGCAAGUAAUGUGUUGUUUCUUCUAGUCUUACUGCAACUAAAAUACUAACUAAAAUUAGACUACAGAUGCUUCUAACCAUGCCAGGGGUCCAGACUUGUUGUAUAGACAGGCCCAAAACAUAAGUUCCAGAGUUCUUCAGCUUGUUUUCUUGUUUGUUUAAUCAGAAAAGUUGUAGCUCUCUACCCUUCCUUACAGUAAAAUGACAGAUGACCACCCUUUCUUGUCUGCCUGUCACAGAAGCCUAGGACCAUUUCAAAACCCAUUUUUGUCUCAGCCAAAUCAGGACUAUUAUUGGCAUCUCUUCUCUGUCCAUACCUCACUUGCCAAAGCAAUCCGUGUGUGAGGGGAGUGGAUAAGAUCCCCUGGUGCCACUAUGUUACUUGGCUACUCUAGAAGGAGCAGAGAACAGGAAUGGUAGGGGAGAGCUAAUUAAAGAGAAACAAAGAAGCCAGACAGGUGUCCUAAAAGUAGCUGCUAGCUAGUCUCUGCUGCCUGACUUCAUCCACCAACUAGGGAAAUGGAAAUGGGUAUGUUGAAGAUCCUUUUCCCCACUAUCGCUGGCCAAUCUUUGCUGGGCUCUUCACAUCCUGCAUUUAUCCCUCCUUCCCCAGUUUCAUGGGGAAUAUUCACAAAUGGGUUGGGAAAUAAACCCAGAGCUGCCAUCUUUAAAGUGCAAUUAUAACAGAGGCAUAAAAGCAAAAGAAGUAGCAAUGACCAGAAAAGCACGGAGGUAGUGCAUUCAGUUUCCCAGACAAUGGAACAAGCCACUUGUGGGAUAUUAUGCAUUCAGAAGCUGCAUACUGCAAAGUACUGUGCCAGAAACAUUAAGUCUUUGUUGGUAAAAUAUCAGCUGUUACGGGUUUUUCUAAGUAUUCUAGUGAUUACCACAGUUUUGUCACAAACAGGCAGAAAUCAUAUACGUACCCAAUACUGCAGCAUUAAAGUCAAUAGCAAACCUGUUGAUCUGGUUCUGGAUCAAAACCUAAGUGCAAAUACAUCUUACUACUAAACAUCUUCUCUCAAAUAUUGUACUUAACACACUUGUCUGAUUGCUCAGCUUGUAACAUUUUCACUGAGCAGAGUGCUGGUCCUUAGUAAUUAUCCAUAUAGAUGUUCAAGUUUAAAACAAUCAGAUUUUUAUUUUCAAAGUUGUACAGUAUUUAAAAUCCAGGUAAAAAAACAUAUCCAUAAGUAAGUAUAAAUGGAUAUGUAUAUUGAUUUCUGAUACCUAUUCUUAAUAGGUGUUAAAAUAUUAUACAGAUGUUCUUUUGAAGUAUUGAUGUAGAUCUUGGCAAUUAAAAUAUAAGAAAAUGUAAAUGUACAUAUUCAAAGUAUUGGAAGGGUCUCUAAAACUACUUAAUACACUGGUAGCAAAGUGAGGCGGGGGCAGUAAGGUACAUGGCAAAAAAAAAAACUGCAGGAGUAGGAUGGGAAUAAAAUAUUUAAAGGAUAUAGUAUGGAAGGAAACUUCAUGUCAUUCUGAUAGGAGUGAAGUUUGUAGUGAUGGAAUAUAGUAAAAUAUGUAUGUUACUAUUUAUCUGUUCUCUUGAGAAAUUUAAGCUUGGGAAAACUAUAAAGGAAAAAAGACAUUGGCACUUUUGUUAUCCUUCUUCCCAAUUACAGAAGGGCUUAUUGAUGUCAAUGACAAAACUCUCAAUCUUUCUGUGGUUGCAAGAUUAGAGCUUGAGUAUUUUUGGAACAAAAUAAAUAGGCCAGUUAAAAUUAUGAUUGUGUCUGAAGUCUCAUUCGAGUCUUGCAUGGUAAUCAGUGGAUCAUGCUGAAGGAAGGGGAAAGUAACUAGUUCAUCGUUUUACUCGGGAGGUACAGUUGCAAGAACCUGUAAGUCUACGAUACUUUCGUCCCUCUCCCCUUCCAAGUAGUUUUAACAUAUAGAGUUCCCAUCACAAAAGGAAAGUACUAUGAAAUGCCACCAGGGAUUUGGAGUGUACACCCUCUCUGAGGUAUAAGCGCUCUUCACAACUUGACAAACCAGUAAAGAAACAUAAAAGAGAAAUAGAAAAUAGAGGAAUUAGAUGAAAUGUAUGUGUAGCUGGAGCACAAGGAGGAUUGGAAAAGAAAUCUAAGUAUAAUAUGGCUGUGGGUUAUUAUAGUUGUAUGUGACUAUUUUAUUUAAUCCGAAAAAGUUUGACCGCACGUAUAAAGAGGAGCUCAGAGUGUUUGUCUGAUAAGGCUUGGACAAUGACUGUAUGUUGCUGUUAGUUUACAGAACGUAAAUAUUGAAGUGCAAAUGCAAGUUUUGAAGCCUUGAAACAAGUUGGAAUACUGGAAAAAAUCUGUCAAUGGAAAUACUGUACUAAUUGCUAUUGAAUUAAGUAACUGUACCAUGUGCUUUUAACAGCACCUUAUAGCCAUCAUGGCAACGUCAUCUGAGGAAGUGUUACUGAUCGUAAAGAAGGUGCGUCAAAAGAAACAGGAUGGAGCUCUCUACCUUAUGGCUGAAAGGAUAGCAUGGGCACCUGAAGGCAAAGACCGAUUCACAGUCAGCCAUAUGUAUGCAGAUAUAAAAUGCCAGAAAAUCAGUCCUGAAGGAAAGGCUAAAAUUCAGCUACAGCUGGUAUUGCAUGCAGGGGACACAACCAACUUCCACUUCUCUAAUGAAAGCACAGCAGUGAAGGAGAGAGAUGCAGUGAAGGACCUUCUUCAGCAGCUGUUACCCAAAUUCAAGAGGAAAGCAAAUAAAGAACUUGAGGAAAAGAACAGAAUGCUGCAAGAAGAUCCUGUUUUGUUUCAGCUUUAUAAAGACCUCGUUGUGAGCCAAGUAAUUAGUGCUGAAGAAUUCUGGGCCAACCGUUUAAGCUUGAAUGCUGUGGAUAAUUCUGUGGCACCUAGUAAGCAGGAUGUGGGCAUCUCUGCAGCUUUUCUGGCUGAUGUUCGGCCUCAAACAGAUGGUUGCAAUGGUCUGAGGUAUAAUUUAACUUCAGACAUUAUUGAAUCCAUAUUCAGGACGUACCCUGCAGUAAAAGUGAAAUAUGCAGAAAAUGUUCCACAUAAUAUGACAGAAAAAGAAUUCUGGACACGAUUUUUCCAGUCUCACUACUUCCAUCGAGAUAGGCUAAAUACAGGCUCAAAAGACCUCUUUGCAGAAUGUGCCAAAAUGGAUGAAAAAGGGUUAAAAACAAUGGUGUCUCAAGGGGUGAAAAAUCCACUGCUAGAUUUAACGGCCUUGGAGGAUAAAUCGUUAGAUGAGGGUUAUGGUGUUUCCUCUGUGCCAUCCACAUCAAACUCCUCAAAGUCCUUAAAGGAGAGUAGCAAUGCUGCCAUUAUAAAACGCUUUAAUCAUCACAGUGCCAUGGUCCUUGCAGCUGGGCUCAGAAAACAAGAAGCACAAAAUGAUCACUACAGUGAGACCAGCAGUAUGGAUGGAAACUCCAGGGAUUCAGAUUUCUUUCAGCCACCAAUAAAAAAGGUGAAGCUACAGGAGGCUAUUGAAUAUGAAGAUUUAGGAAAGAAUAAUAGCAUUAAAACUAUUGCACUAAACCUAAAGAAAUCUGAUCGGUAUUAUCAUGGUCCAACUCCAAUUCAAUCACAGCAAUAUGCAACCAGUCAGGAUAUUAUUAAUUCUUUUCAUAGUAUUAGAGAAGAAAUGGAAGCCUAUGUACCCAGACUAACUCAGGUUCUUUCCAGUGGUGCUGCUACUAGCAGCAUCACAGCCCUGUCACCUGGAGGAGCACUUAUGCAAGGUGGGACACAGCAAGCCAUAAACCAGAUGGUGCCAAAUGAUGUUCAGUCUGAACUGAAACACUUGUAUGUGGCACUUGGGGAGCUACUGCGACACUUCUGGUCCUGCUUUCCUGUUAAUACACCAUUCCUAGAAGAAAAGGUUAUGAAAAUGAAGAGUAAUUUGGAAAGAUUUCAAGUUACAAAGCUCUGUCCAUUCCAAGAAAAAAUUCGGAGACAGUAUUUAAGCACAAAUUUGAUAAAUCAUAUAGAAGAGAUGUUGCAGACAGCUUACAAUAAGUUCCACACGUGGCAGUCCCGACGUAUGCUGAAGAAAACGUGAAGACUCCCGCUAUAAAGUUUGGAGAGGGAAAUCUGCAAUAGCUGUAGGAACACAACCUGGCAAAUGUGCAGCUCUUAGAUAUUGCAGGAACAUCUGCAACAUGUGGAUUCCUGGAAAUGUUCCUAACUGAACUUGCACAUUUUUUGGAAAAGGACCUGUGAUUAAACUUGAAACUAGGGAAAAAUUAAGUAAGAACCAAAACGGAAGAGCUGAGAGGCAAAAAAAACCCAACAUAUUUAAGACGCUGUUUACUGCAGUUACUCAGGAACUGCUUUUGAUUUGCGAAAGAGCUGCUUUCAGAAAUAAACUUUAAAAAGGAUGUAUUAAUAAAAUCUGAAACUGUUUGUCUAAUUUUUUUAAAACGUGUAUGGCACAGGGUAGAACUUAACAUUUUUCUUCACUGGAUUCUGGCAUUUUAUUGAAUUCUGUUUGUACUUAUUGAAACAGAGGUUAACAAUGACAUUUUAAAUAUAGCUGAGACUGGUUUUGCUUCAAACAUCUGACAAGAUUAGCUAUCAGAAGACAAGCUUUGGCCAUAUGUUUCCCCACAAACUGGAAGUAACAGACAUUGCACUGAAAGCUGUUUAUGGUUUGGAGUCCCUAAAGGCACGAGUAGGGGAGGGCACACUUUUGCCUUGUGUCUUGGAUUUUUAUGCAGAAUAUUUUCAGCCAUCAAGUUUGCAUGUUUUCCUUUGAAUGCAAGGGUUGCUAUUGCAAUUUUUUUUAAGAUGGCAUCUGUUUUGAGAAGGAGAGAAUGCAUUUUCUAAAAUAAAGUUUCUUACUAAAGAACUAGAAGAAAAGUCACUUUACUUUCACCUCCUAGAAGAGAAAGAUUUCUCCUAAAUCUGUUUUUCUCCACUCUUCCUUGUUGACUGUUACACUAUUUUUGGCGAAUUGAUAAUCAUUGCAAAAAAGAGGGAAAAGUGUGUGAAUACACAAGCUCCUGAGAGAUGUCUGGAAUCUGUGCCAUACUUUGUUCCAAAUAGAUAAACUGUGAGUUGAUCAUACGACCUACCUGUCUUGUAUUAAAUAUUUGACUUAGAGACAAAGUAAACCUAUUCUAUAUUAGUAGAUGCCGUAAUGACACACUGUAUUUCAUUGUUUCAUUUUGAUCAUUAACAGGGCCCAUGGUAUGGGCUACUGAGUUUUUGACUUGGGUUAAAUGUGACUGUUAGAGAAUUAGGAUACAUUUAAUACACUGAGACAACUCAGAACGACAGUACGUAUUUAAGAGCAGACAGCCUUUUAAUCAGCCUCCAGAAUGGCUUACCUUAGAGAGACUGAUGAGCAUUGGAAUGGUAUUUAAACCCCACUGUAUGUUGUCAGUAAGGGGAUGGCACCUAAUCCUGACCGAGAGUGUGUGUACACACACACAGUAGCAGAAACUCUGUGGUGUCCAUGCUCUACUGCUGCUCCCUUUGGAGGAGAGGAGGAUUUUCUCAUGGAGUAAAGUAUGUAAGCUACAUGCUUACUGUAUGCAAUUUUGGGGGGAUUGCAUAGUCUGAUCAGGUUUUUGGUACAAUCAGAAUUUCUGUCCCUGUCUGCACUGAUGAAGCCUUGUUUAGAAAUGUAAUAACGCAUUGUUAACCUAGCUUCCCUCAAUCUGCCCUUGCAGAUAGGUGCAUGUUAUCUGCUCUGUGGUAACUAAUAUGGUUCUGCUACCACACAGACUGCUGGGUUUAGUAAGAGGAACAGUUUUUCUAACCUUACAUGGUGAAAAGUAGAGGAAGAGGUGGGAGGAGCCAGCUUGCUAAAAAAUGCAAUGUGUGCGCUCUGGUAGUAUAUGGUCCUACUGUCUGUGUGUAUACAGAGUAACCUACUUCUCCAGGAACAAAAAGUAAGCCUGAUUCAUCCCUGCUCUCAUUGCAAUGGAUGUUAAUAGACUCAUACCUGGGAGACGUUGACCCACAAUAGUUGUGUUUAACAUUGGGCACCUAUCAGUGUCAUAAAUCUAACUGUUUUAAAUAGCCACAAAAAUAGCAGCGUGCUCCAAAAUAAAGAAACAUUAAGUGGCUUUUUCUAAACUCUAGUACAAUUCUCAGUGGAAGAGCUUUCAUCAGACUAGGAAUGAGGAAAAUUGAUAGUUAUAUUCUAAUUUCCCCUGAAGCUAUGAUAAACUGAAGCAAGAUUGCACUGAAUUUUUUUUUUUAAGCAAUCACACUGGUUUAACAUUACAAAGGUAGGGUUUUGAACAUCAAAUUAAGUGACAUUUAGGCUGAAGCAACAGCAUUAACCACUCCUGGCAAUGUUGUUGGGUAAAAUGUUUAGGGAGGGAGAUGUUCCCUCUUCACAGGUCCUUAGGUUUACAUAGAUACCAGGGAGCUUGUUGCUACCUAACGUGUCAUGGAUUAAUAGAACGUGUGCUGUGAAGAAAUGCUGAAAGCAGCAGUUCUGUCCAAUUUGAGCUAGGCUGCUAUGCACUUCACAUAUUGCUCUUUAAAAUAUUUUGGCAAUAAAAGAUGCAAGCCCCUCCUAAAGUAAGGGAGGCAGUCUCUCUCUCUCCUACAAAUUGAAAUACUCCUUCCUUUGGGCAGCAAAGAGUCCUGUGGCACCUUAUAGACUAACAGACAUAUUGGAGCAUGAGCUGUCGUGGGUGAAUGCCCACUUCUUCGGAUGCAAGUUGCAUCCGAAGAAGAGGGUAUUCACCCACGAACCUCAUGCUCCAAUACGUCUGUUAGUCUAUAAGGUGCCACAGGACUCUUUGCUGCCUUUACAGAUCCAGACUAACACGGCUACCCCUCUGAUACUUCCUUCCUUUAGGUACCUUUCUCCCUUUUUGUCUCCUGCCAGCAUUGAUUUCAAUACUUUUGUAGCAUGGUCCAAAAAAAGACCUGAUAAUUCCUUAACCGUUUUGAAACUGAAUCAUUCACUACCUUGCAUUAUAUGCUAAUUGGAAUCUUUUAUACUGACUUGUAUUUUUAAAGGAAAUUCAUACAACUUGUAUCACUGGCAUUGAUUCAAAGUAUUUGUAGAAUAAACCCUACUGAAUUCUGCAGUCAA